AUGCGUCAAUUAGUUAAAGAGCGCCGUCUCACGUUCGCUCCUUUCCCGGCGAGGCUUAUCGAGUUACAGCUCGCUCUAUUUGCAAAGGAUUUCGACGCGGAUCCGUUCGCUCUUUCUGCGUGCCGAGCGGUCCCAUUAUCCGGUGCCGCGGCGCAUUCUACAUCGACAUUCCUAUGGAUUAUGACAGUCAAGCGACAUGGCGACACGAUCGGCGAGGCCGGAGGCGAAGGGCAGCGUCUUUGUUCAUCAUCAACGUUGCUCAGAGGUGAGCGGGCGAGCGGCGCGCGGGGCGACCGCGUAGGUGGCAUUAUCGCGCCGGAAGAGGCGCCGUAUCCUGCGCCAGAUAAGCGUUCAGCCUCAUCUGAUUUCCGCUUGCGCCGAACCGCACCGACUAAACCGAACGCCGGCCCCGGUGCCCUCGAUUGC